AUGCAUGCCUAUCUCGUUUACAAUGUAAAUGAGAUAAGGCCUGUCUACGCCUAUAAGAGGAAGUCAUUCACAGCAUCAUUUCGGGCCCCAAAUCACACUGUGAUGGCAGGCCAGGCGGGGAAUGACGGAGACAUCAACUGGCUGAACGAGAUGUCACAUUAUGCCGGGGCGUCUGACUUUGACAGGCCUCGCCUUCUACUGCCCCGGCGAGUUAGCCAUACCCUUCCUCCACUCGGCGCCAUCGUCCCGUAUCUGGCUAAGGCCAGAUUCAGCGACACGGUGCUGCUCAGGGACUUCACUCUUGACAAUUCCCUAAUCUCGGCACUUGUAGAGCGAUGGCGUCCGGAGACGCACAUGUUUCAUCUCCUGUGGAGUGAGGUCACUAUCACUUUGCAGGACAUGGUGUACCACCUAGACCUACGCGUACAUGGUAACCCCGUUGGGGAGUGCUUCCGUGACUUCGGUAGGUGGUACCACACAGAGACGUGGGCGAUGGUGGAGCAGCUGUUGGGUGCCAGGCCUUUGGUGGCAGCACAGCAGGCUGCGCAGAGGAAAGAGUCCUUCACGCUCAAGCUUGUGUGGCUACGGGAGUAUGUCCGCUAG